AUGGGCAACAAUCAGACUUUUACAAAACCUCACCUUGGAACAUGUUGGUCAAGCGUGUUUGCACCGAAGGGUCCUGUAAAAGAACCGCCGCCAAUGUUUGCAUGCUUGUUCGUCGCUGCCCUUGGUCUCUCUGGUAUGUUGCUGUCCACGAGAAUAACCGAAGGAGGCAAGUUUCUGUACUCUGCUAUGUUCGGCUAUGGCAUAUCCAGUUUCUGCUUCCAUUGGAAUUUGUGGGAGGGCUUCUACCGAGUCCUUGAUGUCCAACUUAACUUCCUCCAGGCCAUCAACAUUGUUUACAUGAGUUGCAUCCCCGAAGAAGAACACUUAUGUUACAAGAUAUCCUCCUACUUGCUGAUCAUGUUCUUCUCUAUUUACCCAUUCUUUGCUCAUGUUUUGGGAAUUACUUUAGAGCAGUCUUGGAUCUCUUGGAUCACAUUUGAUGGGAUUUGGAUUUUUGCUCUAAUCGGAUUGAUGAUCAUUUGGUGCCUACGGGACCACUUAGGAACGCCAGGACACCCGAGGCGACAAGCAAUGUUCAAUCUAGUAUGGAAAACCAUCAUCUCAGUUAUACUGGCGUACCUCUUCUGGAUCCUUGAUGAGGUGGUAUGUGUGCAACAUGGUAACCACAGUGUCGCCAUUGUCAUCUUUGGACACACUCUAUGGCACGUGUUCAUUGGGUUCGGCUUUUACUACAUGACGACCCUCAUAGUCUUCCUACGAGCUCAAAACUUGGGUGUUUACCCUAGAGUCCUCGCCUGGCCCAAGUGUUGCAUUAUCUUCGUUGUGGUGCAAUACGAG